CCGAUGCAGAUCAGGGCCGGAUGGCAUCAUCGCGGAGAGAAGGGUCGAUCCGCCAUGUCCCAGGACUCUCGCCAGGACCAGGCUUUCCUCUCCUCUCGUCUGCUCUCGUCCUCUGCGCCGCCUCCACCCAGCCUCGCCCGCGUGGCCCCCUGAAUGUUCUGUCGGAGACAACGAGUCUAUCGCCUAUGCCUCUCCCUAUCAGCAGCCCGCCAGCCAGCUUUGAAGUGACCUCCCGCAGCAGGUUUUAAAUGCCUGUGCCAUUCUAUGGCUGUACUGUACUGUCCUGUCUUGUACCGGCACAGUACCUGGGCACCGGUGGUUCCACACCUGACCAGGUCCGGUCCAGCCUCGGCCGGUCGGUCCCAGCGCCAAGACCCGUCCCGAAGUCGGGCUCGGAAGUCCACGGCGCAAGGCGGAGGAGGAAACGUGGAACUCGGAACUUUCUCCUCAACCGUCUGGCCCGAUAAUGGAUUCGCCUGAUCGUCAAGAGCCCGACCGCGGCUUUAUCGCUUUCUCGGAGGAUAAUGAACUUUUAUCAUCUCGACGAAUGAUUACGGCAUUUAUCAUCUCGGAUACCAUAAUCGCUCGAAAAUAUUUGCUAGAUCUGAUGGAGAAUCUGCGACAAAUUUCUUCGAAUUCUCCUUACCACCUCGAUAAUCUGGAUCAUGGACCUCAGGACGUUCGGAGCCAGCGAGCGAGCAAUCAUGUUAGCUUUUGAACCAAAUGUUUUAACGGCAAAGAGAACUUUCGCGCCCUUUCGCUUUUCUACUGUGAUUUUCCACUUUGUGUCCUCCACCGAGUUCGAAACUUCUGAGCAUGCAGGCACCAUGUUCUGAAACGAAACUGCUCCAGACCAUUAAUCGGUAUUAAUUGGAAUACAUCAUUUUCAGAAUCCGUAUGGCGGUAUAGGUAAAUGCAAAAGGUACUCACCGACCAAAUAAGACUCGAGUGUCUUUGUCCGUAGCUGGGAAGGAUCCUUUUCAGUGUCCGCUCGACGGAAGGACUACUUUCCUUCAUGAUGAGCAUAAAUCUUGUCCGUCUGUAAGGAAUUUGCACCCAUCCGCCGAAGGGCAGAAAAGAACAUAGACACCUUGAGUCCCAUUCAAGGGAUCAUUCAAGUUUCAUAUUAAUGUUUCUAAGUAUUGGCUAUAUGUUGGUUGCUUGUAUGUGACCAUCACC